AUGUACUGCCACCUCUCCCGCGUGUACUGGCAGAUUCAAGACGCAUUUGCCGACGCCUCCGAUGCCGACCGUGCCGCGCUGGAGGUGACGCAGCCCUUUCUCGGUCUGGUCAAGGAUCAGAUCCAGCCGUUUGAAGCCUGGCCUCGUGGCAAGAUUGCGCAAAUGGUGGCUCCGGACCCCAUCGACGACGUCUCUACCCACCCGAUGGCAAGUGCUGCGCGCACAACGCCGUCGGCGCUGAGCAGCUACCUCCGACGCGUUCGUCGCACCUGCGGGCUCGCGCCGCCCGUCCAGAGUGACGUGUGGCUGCGCCUUUUCGGCUUUCGCCCUGGACGCAGCACGGCCGACGUCGUGUGGUCGCACAAGUGGCGCGUCGCCCGCAUCCGCCAGUACGAAGAGCAGUUCUCUAUCCUAGGUAUCGACUUCUCACGCGCAUUCGACACGAUCGACCGCGCGAAGCUCCUCACGGUGCUUCAGAGCUUUCUCAACGACGAUGAAGUGCGCCUGGUUCGCAUGCUACUCACGACAACGACGCUCCGGCUGCGCAUCGACGGCAAGUCGCUCAUCUGGGAACAGCACAACGGUGUGCAGUACGAACAAAAGCGCGCGAUUCCGGCCGCCGCGUGGCACGACCUGUCGUUUGUCGGGUGGAUGGCUUCCGUGCGCCACUGGCUGCGCCUUCAAGAUGCCGACUGCCCGAAGCGCGCCGCCGUCCUGGACGUUGUGCGCACGCUCCACGGCCAGCCUGCGUAUCAGCCUCUUGCCGCCAAGUACCCGCUCCUUCUUCGCCUCGGCCCGUCGCUGCGCCCGGCCUAG